AUGAACGUUUCAAGUGCAUCCGAUGCGAUUCUCGUGGACAUUACAGCUCCGUACAAUAAAAUAAAGCCUUCAAUAAUGCUAGAUUAUAACGUAGUUAUGGACAAAAUCGCUCAAUGGGAAAAGUCAAUUAUCAAAGUGUUUUGGGAAUUUUUAGACGACGAAAGCCCGAUACUUAACCACGAGUUAUCCCUCUUUACCCAUCAUGAAGGACACACACCAGUCGAAAAAAUACAUCUCGGAUCGGAAAAACACUACACCAUUCACUUAGAUGGAAAGAACUGGCUGCAUAAUGGUGACAUAUAUUUUGUUGUUAUAACCAGUUGUAACGCAGCAGGGCUAUGCUCAACAGAGAGAACAAAUGAUAUUCUUAUCGACUCUACUCCCCCACACCAGGGUGGUCUAAAACCACAAAUGCUUUGGGAAAAUUAUAGAGAUAACGGUGGACUCCACUCCAAUGUCUCCUUGACUUGGUAUGGUUUCUACGAUCAGGAAUCUGGUAUAGAUAGAUAUUAUGUCACUGUUUCAAGAUAUUUUAGCAAACAGGAACUGUCCGGUGGAGUCCUGAUCCAAAACCAUGAUAAAACCUCGGACGAACAGCAUGUCAGAUUUACACUUCAAGAAGCGUUAAACCCUGAUGAUCUUAUAAUUGUUUCCGUCUGGACUGCUAACAGUGUAGGAUUAAACAGUUCAAUUGCACGUGUAUCUCUGUUUUCAUUGUCAAGUAUGCCAUCUUCCGUUAUUAUUGAAAAUCAGCGGGGAAUACUCGAACUCGAGAAGCACUCUUGUGACGUUCAUUUUUGCAACAAGGACUGCACAUGCGCAGUAGUUGGAAAAACAUGUAUUGAAGCUGAAACAAAUAUGUCGUGCGUCGAGAUUGAUGCAUUUAACACGACUGAUAGCGACUUGACACGGUUUGCAGUUUUUGGAGGCCUUCAGUUUCAGCCUUUGACUUUAACUGCAUCAUCAGCUUGUCUUGCCGGGCACUGGACUCAGAUCGAACACUCGAGAAAGGAUCCAGACAUUCAUAGAUUUGAGUGGAGUAUUGGAAUUCAUAAUCAGCCGCAUGGAGAAGGGGUUUUCGAUUUACAAAAAGAGUUUCCCUGGGUUGAUAUAGGUUUGCGACAAGAAUUUGUUCACUGUCUGCCUAUUAAUAGAUCGCUUGUCCAUGGUGAGCUCUACGACAUUUACGUAAAAACAUGGUACGGACCAAGUAAAUUCGCCAUCUUUACGUCUAAAUCUAUUAAGGUUGAUCAAACACCCCCAAGUUUGCGUAGAGGACGAUAUAUCAUCGAAGGAAUUGACGAUUGUGCAACAGAUCUUGACUUCAUUUCCUGGACCGAUGAGAUUUCGGCUUGUUGGUCCGGGGUCUUUAGUGAGCAACAGAGCGAUAUACAAAAUUACUCGGUUGCUUUAGGAACUUCACCGAACGUCGAUGACGUAUAUGCAUCACAGAAUAUAGGAUUAAAAACAAAUAUUUCUAUCGGUAAUCUGACUUUGGAGCACGCUGUUAGAUACUAUUUUUCUGUCACUGCCGUGAAUACUGCAGGGCUUCACACUUCGGUAUCGUCAGACGGAUUCAUAGUUGAUACGGCCCCACCGUCGAAGGGCGUUGUUUUUAAUACAAUAACACAUAAGAACGUUGCAUACCAAUCAUCCGUUACAUCUGUAGGAUUUUCAUGGCACGGGUUUCAGGACCAUUGUUCAGGAAUAAAAAGUUACUAUGUUGCUGUUGUGAAAAAGCAGGAGCCUCCUUAUUCUAGUACGAAUUUCACACAAGUAUACCUCAAGACGAGUGUUACGUUUAAGGAUUUAGACUUGAUUCCUGACAGCGUUUAUUACGGCGUGGUCAAGGCCAUUGAUGCCGCGGGACAUGAAAGUGAUAUUAAUGUAUCACCGGGGGUUGUCAUUGAUCCAACUCCACCUAAAGGAUACGACUGUAACCGAUUUGAACACACGGAUUUCACUGUACAAAUUGGUGCUGGUACCACAAUUGGAGGGUUUCAAAUUCAGCCAUUAACUGCCAUUCAUGCUGAUAUAAUGAGUGGGAUUAUUAAAGGACACCUUCUUCAUUCGAUGAAAGUAUACACGACGGUUAUUGCUGAAAAUCAUGCAGGCCUGACAUCUGUUUUCCAAUCAACAGAACCAGUUAUUAUUGACCAAACUUCUCCGAUUAUCACCGAUCUGGAGGCUUUAGCUACGGUAGUCUAUGUAAAUGAGUCAGAUGAAAUCGCUUCGAGAGUCCAGGUUACUACAACCUGGAAAGCGCUAGAUGAGGAGAGCGAUAUUAAACAUUGUACUUGUUCUAUUGGGCUACAAACACUGGACAACAUAGAGGUGAGGCCGUUCAUGCCUCCUUAUUCACCAUCAGCCAACCUCCAGUUUUGUCAGAAAGAGAGGGAGGGAGGGACAGAGAGAGGAGAGAGGGUCGUAGAGAGAGGGGGGAAGGGGGGUAGAGAGGGAGAAAAGGAUGUAGAGAAAGGGGGAGAGAGGGGUAGAGUGAGAGAGGGAGAGAGAAGUAGAGAGGGGAAGCGAGGGUGUAGAGAGAGGGAGAGAACGAGAGAGAGAGAGAGAGAGAGAGAGAGAGAGAGAGAGAGAGAGGAAGAGCCAUGGAGGAGAGCGGGGGUGAAGAGAGAGGAAGAGAGAGAGAGAGAGAGAGAGAGAAGGGUAAAGCUAGGUGUGUGGAGAGAGGGAGGGGAAGGGGUUGAAGAGAGAGGAAGAGAGGGGGGAGGGAGAGAGAGUGUGUAA